GUUCUAUGGCUUUCAUCUCUAUCUCUCUCUCCAAAAAAAAUAAACAAAACAAAAAAAAAAAAUGGCCGCUGCAACUCCACUCUGUGUCCACUCCUCCCCUGAAACUCACCUUCACGCACCAAAGUCAACAAGCAUCAAAACACUGGCAGAAUCACCUGGCCUCACUUGCAUCCCUCCAAACUACACCUACACCACAAAUCCUCAUGAAUCUGCAGCGUCAGAACCAGAAGAUUCAAUUCCCAUCAUUGAUUUUUCCUCCCUCACCUCCAGUGAUCCUGAUCAACGGUCCCAAGUCAUCCAAGACCUCGGCAAAGCUUGCCAGGAGUGGGGCUUCUUCAUGGUAACCAAUAUACGGUCAAGUCAGGUGGUUAACCAUGGUGUGCCGGAGAGCUUGAUGAAGGAGAUGGUUGAUGCGUGUAACGGGUUUUUUGAUCUGAGGGAGGAGGAGAAGAGGGAGUUUGAAGGGAAACAUGUGUUGGAUCCGAUCAGGUGCGGCACCAGCUUCAAUUCUAAAGCAGACAAAGUGUUCUCCUGGAGGGAUUUUCUCAAGGUGUUUGUGCAUCCUCAGUUUCACUCUCCCAACAAACCUACAGGUUUCAGUGAGCUCUUAAGAGAGUAUAGCAAACAAACCCGAAAAGUGGCAAUGGAGUUACUCAGAGGCAUAUCAGAAAGCCUGGGAUUGGAAGAAUGCUAUAUUGAGAAGGCAAUGGAUCUAGAAUCCGGUCUGCAAAUCUUCGUCGGAAACCUCUAUCCUCCCUGUCCACAGCCAGAACUCGCAAUGGGUUUGCUGCCGCACUCUGAUCAUGGCCUGCUAACCAUUCUUAUCCAGAAUGAAAUUGGAGGCCUGCAACUGCAUCACAAUGGUAAAUGGGUUAAUGUCAAGGCACUUCCCAACUCCUUCCUCGUUAAUACUGCUGAUCACCUUGAGAUACUGAGCAAUGGGAGGUACAAAAGUGUUGUACAUCGAGCAGUUGUGAACAACAAAGCUACACGGAUUUCUAUUGCCAUGCCAUGUGGACCAUCGCUCAACACCAUUGUCAGCCCAGCUCCAGAGUUGGUAGAAGACGACGAAGGGCACCAUCUCCCUGCAUACAUUCCAAUGAAAUACAGAGACUAUUUGGAACUUCAACAAAGCAACCAGCUUGGUCGAAAAUCCUGCUUGGACCGAGUACGACUUCAAAUUGCCUAAGCAAUGGUCUGUUCUUGAGAUUCAUUGUACAAGAUAAUGUUUCAGGAAAUCCUUAAAUCCCCAAAUGGCAUCAGCAGUUAAUAGCUUUCAAAAAGUGUAUCAGCAAAACUAAGUGGUAAAGAAAAAAAAAAGAAAAAAAAAAAA